AGACGGAAUCACAUUGAUGUUAUAUGUCCUACAGCUGCGAAGAUUGUUGGGAUUGCGUAUGCUAAGGUAUGUACUGCCAGUGUCAGGACAAAAGAUUCUGAAGGUUUGAAGUGAAGAAGUACCUGCGUGGUUUUGGAGUUACAUACGCUUACAUGAAUAAAUGUUUGACAGCUACAAGUCACUGCGAACUGAGCAUUGUACCAUUUCCUCUCUCUGCUUGACCAACAAAUGAACACCAUCAACACGACAAAAGUCUUUUAUAUGAAGAGCUGCAACUUUUGAGGCCGGUUCAUUAUAGUCUCCUCUUUUGUUUCCGAGGCACUGUGUGUGUGUGUGUGUGCAAGAGAGAGUGAGAGAGGGAAACAGAGCUGGUUGCAUCGGCCAUGAGGAGUGGAGAAUGGAUCCUCGUUUAUGGGUUUUUGAUGUUGGACUGCUACAUGGUUGUUGCACUGGGGGUAAUACUCCAGCAGAAGGCUGAAUCCACCAUCCCAAUUCCGACAUUCUCUCCUCCCGAAGGUAACACAACGUUCGUCGAGGGCACUACAUGGUGCGUUGCCCGCCCGGGGGUUUCUCAGUUUGACCUCCAGAAUGCGCUUGAUUGGGCAUGUGGACUUGGUGCUGCUGACUGCUCACUUGUGCAGCCUGGUGCCGCCUGCUACGACCCAGACACACUUCUCGGUCAUGCCUCCUAUGCGUUCAACAGUUAUUACCAGCAGAACGGAAACUCCGAUAUCGCAUGCUACUUUGGUGGAACUGCAAUCAUCACCAACAGAGAUCCAAGUUACGGUUCCUGCAAGUAUCUCAGUUCAGGGCCAAUUUCUGCUUCAUCUCUGUGCCAGAGGAUCUCCACCUUGAAGAUUUUGGGAAUCUUAGUCCUUUUAUGUUUAAACACUAGUUUAUGAUGCACCAUUAUAGGGUAAUCAAGGUCCGCGUCCUCUCUAAUUGUAGCUGAUUCCCUAGUGUUUUUUGGCUAUUUGGUCAUGUUUAAACCUUCGGAUGAAGUCAGUAAGUCUAUUAGGUAGUCCAGUUUGGUUAAACGAAUCUUCCGUGAUGAUGAGCUUACUCGAUGGAUGAUGCAGUGGUAACUUGUUUGUGUUGGUUAUAGGUUUGUAUCAUGCGUAUAAAGUCAAAUAUAGUCUGAUUCAUACCCAGAAUGAGAUAUGAGAUGUUGAGGCAAACAUAAAACGGCAGGUCAAUGCAUUAGGUUCCUUCCACUCUGAUCCAAGGUUUGAGAGAAAUUAUAUGCCCAGACAUAGCCUCAGGUGCAAGCAGGUUGCUUCUUCUAUUUAAACUCAUGGCAAUGCUUGUUUCACUGGAGCAGUUUCACUAGGUUUCUCUUUCAAAUGUUCCGAGAAUUUAUGUUAUGUUAAAUUUGCCGAGUCAGCAACAUUCUUCUGGGAGAAUGGAGCAUGGAUGCAUCUUAGUGCAAGAAUUCUGUGAAAAUGGAAUUCAAAGAAGCUCACUGCAUGAGUUUGUCCAUAUGAACUUAUUCAAUCAUAGACAUUUUGGA